GGAAGGACCAAUUCAGUAUCCGGGCUCGAUCGAGCUGAAGGAGGCAACCAAAACAACAUCGCAUCAGGCCUCUUAGUGCGGCGAUGCUGGCUCCGAAGCUGACAAGGUCUUGAUGAGGGGAUUUGUCCACACGGCACACGCAUGGAAGGAGCAUGGCUGCGAUGAGGACUUUAACGGCGGCGGGUCUCGUCCUGGCCUUGUGCGCCCUCGGCCUGAUCGCGGUGGCCAUCGGCACCGACAACUGGUACGAGACGGACGCCAGGAGGCACCGAGAGCGCUGCAAGAAUUACUCGAACAAGAGGACCGACCCGGGCUACAUCUACAUCUCCAACAACAACCUCCCGCUGCGCGUGCUACCGAAGGGGAGCGCCGAGUCCGAGUCCGAGUCCGAGGCGGAGGCGGAGGGGAGCUGGCUGCCGAGGAUGGCGAGGAUGCGGGCUCGGAGGCACCUUGCGCCGAUGGAGUCGCUGUGCAAUCGCCAUUUCAACUCCACCGUCACCGGACUGUGGAGGAAGUGUCACCGGGUGGGAUUUGACUUGGAGACGGAGGAUUUAAUCUUUAAAGGACUGGUUGCACGUUGCACGCCAAUAAAAUACUACUACUCGUCUUCAGCACUGCCCAGAAAUGUGCCCAUCAACCUGACGAAGACGAUCAAGCAGGAUGAGUGGCACGCGCUCCAUCUGCAGAGGAUGACGGUCAGUUUCAUCGGCAUGGCCAUAUCCAUCAUCUUUUUUGGCUGGACCAUCGGCGUGCUGGGUUGUUGGAAGGCACAUGACCUCAUGCAGUAUGUUGCUGGCCUGCUCUUCCUCAUGGGAGGGACGUGCUGCAUCAUCUCCCUCUGCACGUGUGUGGCGGGAAUCAACUUCGAACUGUCGCGUUACCCUCGCCACAUGUUUGGAAUACCAGAGGACAUCAGUCACGGCUACGGCUGGUCCAUGUUCUGCGCGUGGGGCGGACUGGGGCUGACCUUGCUGGCCGGCUUCCUGUGCACGCUGGCCCCCUCCCUCUACCCGCCGCACACCCCCGUGGCUCACAAGCCGCGGCAGGAGAACGGCUGCGUGUGACGGGGCCCGCGCUAACUUGAGACAGACAAAGCGGCCAUCUGCGUCCAGGAUGUUUUGCGGGGAUCCUGCAGCGUGCGGCGUGGCACCAAGAAAGCACAACAACAUGAGGGCAGAGGGAGAGGUGGAUAGUGGAGAGUGAAGGUGACUCCAGUUCAGCCCAUGAGUGUUAUCGCCUGCUCUCCAAGAGGACAGUACUGUAGCUCAGCACAUUUGUAAAGACACCCCCGCCUCCCAUCUGACAAAAAGAGAAUAGCACAACCUUGAAGCUGUAUCAAAUAUGAAAUCAUAUGGAUGUGUACUGUCCCAUUUUGGAAGGGCAACAGUGUAUCAUUAUGUAUCAUUCAACACAAGUUAUGUACAUGUACCUUUUGAACAGUAUGUAUGCGGAUGGGUUUUGUGUUUAUUCAAGGGGAAAAAAAUAUGCCACAUUAAGUCCAAACUGUGUCCGACUGACGUGUUUUUGUUGUCCGUGAGGUCGUCUACCCCAUUGGAAUAUUUUUGAAAAAUAAAACAGCCAU